AUGAAGAACCAGGAAACAAAGCAGGGCCACAGAAAUCGACUGAAGCAACAACAGAUUGAGCGGCAGCAGCAAGGAAGCAAGGGGGCCGAGCACCAGGGAGACCGUCGAGAGCAACACGACCAAAAGCAGCAGAUUGGACCUUUUGAAAUGCACGAGCAGCAUGCGUACUCUCCACGGCACGAAGACUACGAACGUGAACAUUUAGCUUCGCGUGAAUACGCUGCGUCUAACAGUGGCGAAAUUUGUGGGACUGACUUACAACAGCAGCGGCACCACACGCUUCCGCUGGAUGGCAGCGCCUCGUCGAGCGCAGCAGAUCGCUCAUUACAGGGAUCGCCUUUUGCUGCUGAUUGUACGGAUCAGGCUGAAGGAACGCAAAGGCGGAAUAGCAGUCAAUGCCUUGAGGAAGAUGGGGAGAAACAGCUCCCUCCACUGCACCAUAUGCCGGAAGGGUGGCUGCAGCACGAGAUGCAGGCACUGCUACGAGAAGAAUACCAGCAACGGCAGAUAGUUCAACGACGAGAAGAGCAGCAGCAUGAGGCGCUCCAGCAGCAUCCGCCACUGGAGAGACCCUGGGUGUUUCUUGCGCAGAAGCAGCAGGAGGAAGAUUUCCGGCGAAUGCAUCAGGCAACGCUUCAACAAAUGCAGCAGGAGCUCCUUAAUAGGCACGAAAGACAAAUCCAGGCACGACUGCAGGAGGAUACUCGAACCCAGCAAGGAGAUGCCGAGAAUGAGAGACAAGAAGCAAUUCGUUUGAAGCAGCAGCAGAAACAAAAUCACCAAAAGCAGCUUAGGAUUCAACAACCCACAGGCAGCUCGAAGGCGCGUAGUACGCCCAUCACACGACGCAGAACCAUAUUUUGGCAGCAUCGCCAGGAAGAGCAGCCGAAAGAUCAACCUUUAGAAAUACAAAAUACCGAGGAAAAGAGUCAAAAACAAUUUGAAGAGGAAGAACACCGGCUACAACUGCAACGAGAAGAGGUGCGACAGACUCAGAACCAGCAGCAGCAACAGAAGCAGGAGCAACCCUAUUCACCUGCGGGAGAAAAAGAAGAGGACACUGGCAAGACACCGAAACAGCAAGAGCAGCAACUGGGGCCGCUACAACAAACAGAAACGACAUAUGAAACAGAGGGAGUUGCACCCAGCCAAACGGGUAAACAAAGGGAACUCGUGCAAACGCAGCAGCAACCCACCCAAACACAGGAACAUGCACAGCAGGUUCAGCAGCAGCAACAACAUGAUACAGCCGUUCAUGAGGAGGUAAGCAAAUUGUUGCAGCAAAGCGAAGCUACUUCACCGGAAAGCUCAAAGCAAAAGGUGCAGCAGGCGCUGCAGAAAGACGGCACAUCGGCGUAUGGGGAGGAAGGCCAACAGAAGCAGCAACUCCUUACUCAGCGGGAAGGACAUGAACAGCAGCAGUCAAAUGCAGAUGGGGAACAGACAAGCUCAAGGCAACCGAAAGCAUGGGAACUGCAGAAGGGAGAAGACAAUCCGAAACAAAAAGGUCAAACCGAACGGGAUGAGAACCACAGGGGAAAACAGAAUCAGCAGCGGCCUUAUCAGGCAGACCAACAGACGCAGCAACACUCCUCGGACGGACUGGAGGUUCCAGAACAUCACGGAGAAAAACGACUGCCUGACACGAGAACACAAAAGCAUAAGCUGGCUCAACAGGAGGGACGGGAGAACGAACAACAAGGUCUAGGAGUGGCAGUUCUGCCGCAGGCACGAAAGCAAUUGGCAUCCAAAGAGAAACAAAAAAUAACGCACCAGCAGCAGCAGGAGGGCGUGAGAGAGAUUAAACACCGUAGGGGCCAAACACAAGCGGAUAACCAAAGAAUGCGAACACAGCAGCACAACGAGCAGCCCAAGCAACGGUGGCUGCAACAGAAGGAGCAUCAUCAGUCCCUGUCAAGAAGCUCACAGCCCCAAACACGAGUCCAGAGGCCCCAGCAGCAACCACAACAGCAGCAGCAGGAAAAUAUGCAAGAACAGCAGCAACGGCAGGAGCAAAAACAUCAACAGCAGCAAGAGAUACAUCAACAAAAGGAACACCAUCUGGAGCGGCAGGGGCUGCAGCAGGAGCAACAGCAGCGGCUAAACAAACACCAGGAAGGCAAUUCUACCCUGACAAGAGCUGAACUAUUGAGGCUGUCUUUUACUCCACUAGCGGCGGUCAGAGAUAAUGAAUUAUACUUACAUCAUCACCUGCCAAAUAGGAACUCAUCUUUACCUCUUGGGCAUGGAGGGGCAACAACAAGCGCACAACAGCCCUCCAGUAGAAUCCGCUUGCCAGAUACUCCUAUUCAGCCUCAUGUGGCAACGCCACGUGGGGGCCUGAAUGAAGGACGAAGAAGUGGAAAUGCUAAGGCACCUCCGCUACUACCCCAGCAUGCAGACGGCCGUCACUUUUCCAAAGGCCAGCAGAGCCUCCCUAACCAGCGUUGGACGCCUCUUCAAAUACCCCAGCAGCAAUCAAGGGAAAGUAAGCUAGCGGAAAGCAAGUCGGCAAAUAAUUUGUUUAGGAGGAGAAACCCCAUUCCUCCUCCUCCUCCGCCUGUGGCAUCAAUUACGCAAUCGUUGCAGCACCCAGAAGAACAAUGGAAAAUGGCUCCGAUGAGAGGAAUCCACCAACCCAAGAAUCCACGUAGCCGUCAGCGACAGCUGCACCAGGAGCAGCGGCGCCUACAGAAGCAGCCGAAGCAACCAGCUGUACACCUCCCAGUGAGAGUCCCUGAGAACCCUGCAGGACAUCGAGAAACCCAACAGAACGCUCAGCGACAGAAUGCAGCGCUACACCAAGAUGUGCAGCAGCAGCAGCAGCUACAGGGAUACUACCAACAUGUGCCGCAUGACUUAGCUGCAUCUGCAUCGAGCAAGCGUGGCGCCAAACGCAAUAGCAGGAGCAGUCACAGCGGCGCAGGUGAGCCUGACCCUUUCAGUCCCUUCGUCUCAGGUUCCCGUCCCACAUGGGCUCAGAAAGCCGUCGAGGGGCCGCCAAAGCGUGAAUUCCGCAACGACAGAGAUCACCGCACAGAGGAAGCUCUUCGCAUGUCUGUGGAAGCAGAAGGAAGUGUUGUGAAAGCAGAUCUCGGCAGAACCGAUAAUGAGCAGGCAGCAGGUGAGUGCAUCGACGGCCAGGACCGUCGCUUCGGUAAAUCUGAAAUGUUUCUGAACCGGCAACUUCCUGAUAUGCAAGGCUAUACACAUAGACGCGAGCGACAGGAACAGCGGCUAAAAGAACAAACAUUAGAGCAGAAACAACGAGACAGACUCAACCCAAUCGUACUGCAGGUGCACCAGCAGUUGGAGCAGGCUCGAUUGGAGUUCUUAGAGGAGCAGACUCGCGGGCAGGCCAGGUCAGGCAGAGUGCAGUUAGUGAAGGAAGCACGGAAGCAGGAGGAUCAGCAACAGCAAAGCCUCGACGAGGCCGAACCAAAACAAGGUGGCGAACGGCACGAACUGCCCCAACCGCACCAGCAGCAGCAGCACCAACAACAGCAGGAGCAGCAACGGCAAGAACAACACGAGAACUCGAUGCCGUCUCCCUACCCAGUAUGCCAUCAGCAGCAGCCGGUGAGUGGCUCUGGGCAGCUGCAACAGGAGCAGCAACAGCAACAGGAGCGCCAGCAUCCAUACGGAGGGCACCAACAGGAGCAACGACGAGGCCAUCCAGAACAGCAACUUCAGCAGGGCGAGGAAGUUCGUUAUCUGCCGAGAAGCGACAUCCAACAGCCCUCUCAACCCCAAGCGCCUAACGAGCUGCAGCAUCAAUCUCAGCAACAGCAACUGCCAGAGGGAAUGGAACGGCAUAGACAGCACUUUCAACAGCAAGACGCCUGGCCACAGCAACGAGCACGACAAUCUCAGCACCCUUUGGGGAUGCAACAGCAAGUUUGGUUUCAGCAACACCAGCAGCAAGACCAACAGUAUCAGCAAGAACGACUACGGCCCACACAACAACAGCAACAGCAGCAUCAACCGCCGCCACAAGAGCCAUUCAUAUACGAGCAGCAGUACACGAACCCGCCACAACAAUCCCAGCCGGCUAUGCCGCUGCUGCACCCACUCGUCGAGCAGCAGCAACAACAGGCCUGGCUGCAGGCGCAGCUUCACUUGUCGUUGCAGCAGCAGCAACAUGCAUGGCUGCUGAUAAACCAGCAGCGUUCGUGGCUGCUUCAGCAACACCAUCCAUUGACGCCGAGUCAACAACACCUGUGGACUUUGCAGCAACAGCAAUUUUGGCAGCAGCAACAGCUACUGUGGCAGCUACAGCAACCCCACGCGUGGUUGCAGCAACAGCAACACAUAUGGCUACAGCACCACCAACAAGCACAUCUGCAACAACAGUUGCUGCAUCGGCAGCAGAACCAGCAGCAGCACCAGCAUGGGCUCACAUCUUUCCAGUAUGGCUUGAAUUGUAUCAAACCCUAUGCUCCCCCCCAUGUUCUCUCAGAUACUAUUUUAGGGGCAGCUGAAAACGCGGCGAACAUUCGACAUUUUCUCUCCUGUGGCAUGAGAAUGCCGCCGCCCUGGGAUGGGUGCAUACCAUCAGAGAACAUGAGCCUUGGCUUCUGCCGUGUUUGCCUGCAAUACGUCGACCGUGAUAGAUACAUGCCACCUGUUGUAUCAGCAACAGCAGUUGCAUCUUCGCCUGCAGUAAUGACAGGAGUCGAAGAAGCCGCAGAUGACUUUCACGAGCAAGAACCGCACCAAGCAGAAUUCUUGUCACACGAGCAACGUAUUUCAACUGCCUCAGCAGACGCAGCCGGGGGCCCACCGGGAGUCAGCCUUCUGCCGGAAGCUGCGAGUGGACGGGCAGAUUGUGCUACAGAAGUGCACGAUGACACGUUCCAGCAAGUGAACGCAACUGCGAUGUUCUCUAAUAACAACAGCAACAACAGCCCCACCAUACACAACAGCAACAACAGCGUCAAUGACAGAGGCGGGAUCUACGACGAAUACCCCACUAGCAGCAGCAACACCAGUGGCAGCAACAGCAUUAACAACAGUCGCAGCCGCAGCAGGACCAGCAAUACAGCACAAAGGAAUCAUCGCAUGAAUAUGACGAACUGGGAAGAGGGUGAUGGCGGUAGCAACAACCACGGCGACAACAACAUGGCAACUGAUUCUGCAAGCUUUGGAACAUUUCAACCGCCUGACUUUUCGAGGGAAGAUUCCAGUGGAUCUUCUGGACAAAUCGACUCAAUUGUGGAGACACACCAAAAUCAGCUGCACCAACAUCUGCAGCAGCAGUUGCAGGAAGGGCCACCUCGCUCACGAGGUUUAGUCGCCGAAGCCAGUGCCGGUGCUCCCAACAGAAAUCCCACCAGUUUCUCGGCCUUAAAUCCGUCUGCUCCUGUGUUCGUUCCUGCCCGCAACACUCAGCCAGCUAGCCCCACAUUUGCUUCUGCAAUCGCAGCAGCAGCAGCGGCAGCAAACCAGGAGACUCUAGCAGCAAGUAUACAAGGUAACCCCACGGCGGAGACUCGGCAGUGGAAUACUCAGCAGACGAACCCACGAGCUCCCAUGAACUUCUGCGGUCAAAUUUAUCCGACAGCCUUACAGCAACAGCAAAGAAACCAGCAGCCGCAGCAGCAGAGCCAAAAUCAGCAGCGCGAACCACAAGGAAUAUUAGAAGUGCAGUUUCCGCCGGCUAAUGGCCAGACCACCUGCGAUCUGCAGCCGAACGUCCAACAGCCGCAGCUUGCCAACCAAUCUUUGCAGCAUUUGCCGCAGUCCUACCAACAUUUGAACCCGCAGAGGCAUCAACAACAACAGAAUGCGCCGCAACAAAAUGAGCAACAGUCGAAUGAACAGCCUGCCCAGCAACAACAUUAUCCCUUCCCAAGUUUUAUAUCAAGCUCUUUAUCAGAUUUUGUACCUUUUCUAGACUCGUCAACUCGUCAAGGCUCACUAAUCGUAACUGGAGUUUGCCUACAGUGCUGGCAAUUUGUCGUUCGACCACCAGUCCUCUGUCUUUUAGAUCAACUCCGCGCAAAAGGGAUAGGCCCGGACGCGACCGAGAACUGCCAACCCAUAAAAUACGAAGAAUGA